GGCUGCUUCGUGGAUGUCAACUACACCGUGUCUCUUCAAGCCUGAAAUGUUCUCACACUUUUACUGAAACCAGAGACAGGACAUGAAGAAUAAUGUGCAGUGAUGAAGUUUCAGACCAGGAACAAAAGAACAGGUCAGCCCGAGCCAGGUGAGGUGGUGCGGAAGCGAGGAAGGAAGAAGAACGGAUGUCAGAACGAAGUUAUAAAAGAGCAGCAGAGUCUGUGCUUUGAAGCACAGUGGCGAACUUCAUCUGCCGCCAUAAGAGGUGUGUUUGCUCUGGUGCGCAUGCGUUAAUUACCUCCGUAAGGCGCAAGCACAGUGCAGAAGUUAUGUUUUUGCUGGCGUUUAUCUGUUUGUGUGUGUUCAAAAUAACUUGAACACUUCUGAAUGGAUUUGGAUGAAAUUUGCAGGAAUUGUCGGAAAUGGUAUAUGGACGAACUGAUUAUAUUUUGGGGGUGAUCCGGAUCACGGUCUGGACCCAAGACAUUGCUAGAUAGGACCAUUAUUGGCAUUUGUGCAUAUAGUUCCACAAAAAAUGGUCAGAACGCUUGGAAAAAAAAUUACAGGACAAAUUGCCAGCACGUCUACACAAUAUCAAAGACUUCAUCCAUAAAAAUGUAGGAUUAUUAUUUUGGUGUGAAUCACAAUAUGGCGCUUGGCGGAGGUCUGCGCUGUCAGAGUGCUUCGCCAGUUACACAAAAAAUUGUUUUUAUUAAAUAUAUUUCUUACCGCCAUCAAUGCAUUAUUUUUGACAGCCCUAAUAAUAUGUUAUAUUGAUUUAUAAUGUUGGAAUUCUUAACUUUCUUCUCUGAUUGGCUAGGUGAAAUCACAUGACUCUGGUGCCUUACAAUAAGGCUUCCAUUUCAACUGAAGUUUAAGUUAUUAAAUUUGGUUCCUAACCCCAUAAAGGGCACAUCUUAUGUGCUGUAGGUCUUUGAUUUCUGCCUUUGUGAGGAAGAAAAGAUAGAAAAUCAAGUUGAGACUGUUUGGCAUCUUUUAUAAGGGUUUAACCACUUAUAGGCCACAACAUUAUCCAUAUCCAAUACAAGAAGACAUUAAUCAUAAAUUGACUUCAUACUAAUGAUGAUUAGUGCUUAAUUUAAUUUAAAAUGCUUAUGAUUGUGAUUUUACUUUACCAAGAUGAAGUGGUGCUGCCUGCAGGAAUUCUGGGCCCCAUGAACAGAAAAAAGCUCUUUGCCUGCCCCUAAGUAUGAUUAUUUUUAUUUUAUUUACAUUAACUGCACUGUGAACUAUAAACGUGUAGUUUAUCCUGUCUGAUUUUAGUUUGUUUUUAUAUAUAUAGUAGUAUAAGUUAUAUUAUAAUCUUUCUACUGUUCGAUGGAUUGCAUUUUGAAUAGAACUGAAUUUGAGGUGCAAAAUUGUCCAUUGAGACUGCAGGUUGAUGUAUAGCUAAGACUGACUGGAGUACAUGACAUAGGAAAUGCUGCACAUACUGUAGGUAAUGUUUCAACCUGUCAGAUAGGAAAUGCAUGUGUAUGAAUGCAUGCAAUCCUGUCUGUGAAUCACAUUGUGACGUGCAGUGUGAACUGCAGGCGUGUGCUGCAGUAGGUGGAGCUGCUCUCAGGAUUGGCACCGACCCAGUCCACGACUCUUCUCUUUAUAAGAGGAGUCUGGUCUUUCCAGCUUCACAUUCACCCUGUGAAACCUGCCAACCAAGUGUGCCUGCUCCUUCCCUCCACCCGAAGACAACAUGGGCAGACAAAAGAUAUAUUUGGAAAAACUGUCCAAGACCUUCCAGAUCCGAAACCUGCUGCUUCGCCAGGCCCUGGCAGAAUGUCUGGGCACGCUCAUCCUUGUGAUGUUCGGCUGUGGUGCUGUGGCACAGUUGGUGUUGAGCGGUGGUUCUCAUGGUUUGUUUCUGACAGUCAACUUUGCCUUUGGCUUUGCUGCCACCUUGGGAAUUCUAGUCUGUGGCCAAAUAUCAGGAGGACAUCUGAACCCUGCCGUGACCUUUGCCCUGUGCCUGCUCGGAAGGGAACGAUGGAGAAAGUUCCCCAUGUACUUCCUCUUUCAGACAAUCGGCGGGUUCUUCGGCGCGGCCGUCAUUUUUGGCAUGUACUACGAUGCUCUGUGGGACUUUCCUGGAGCAUUCAAUGUGACUGGACCAAAUGCAACUGCUGGUAUAUUUGCUACCUAUCCUGGAAAACAUCUCACUAUUGUCAAUGGAUUCUUUGAUCAGAUUAUUGGCACAGCGGCACUGAUCGUUUGCAUUCUGGCCAUUGUGGAUCCCUACAAUAACCCUAUCCCACAAGGACUGGAGGCCUUCACUGUGGGUUUUGUGGUUCUGGUCAUCGGCCUGUCAAUGGGAUUCAACUCUGGCUAUGCUGUCAAUCCCGCCAGAGACCUCGGACCUCGUAUUUUUACUGCAAUAGCCGGGUGGGGCUCAGAAGUUUUCACUGUCAGAAACGGCUGGUUCCUGGUGCCUGUUUUUGCCCCCUUCCUCGGCACAAUCAUCGGCGUCAUCAUCUACCAAAUGAUGGUCGGUUUCCACGAGGAGGGAGAAGUUCGUGACCAGAGGGCCGCGGAGGAAGAGAGUGUUCGACUCACCAAUGUCGGCACCAACGACAAGUCGAAAGAGGCCACCAAACAAGUGCAUUGAGCCGCUCGUACCACAGCAACAAAUUUUUGAUUCACUUUCCAGCACAGUUGAUCUCCACCCCCUUUCUAGCUACUGCCAGAACGAUGUGAUCAUGAAAUGAAGCUACUUUGUCGUUUUUUGUAUGAUGUGUAGACUAGAGGAGCUUUGAAAUUGUGUCUCCAGCCUUCAUGUAUAAACAGUAUUUUUAUUCUUUGUACCAGUGUAGUUUUAAAUCUGUUUUAAUCUACAUAAGCACUAAGACACCAUACCAGUCCACACAAUUUCAAUGAAUUCAACAAACUGGUCAUGAUUAAAGUCAUAUCAGAAGAUUACUUUCUAUUUCAUUCUGGGAAAACAGUUAAAUCACGUUGACGAUUUUGUGUCACAAAUGACCUUUUUUCCCUUGCAGGUACAUAGUCAUGAAUUGAACCGUGAACCAUGCACCUUUUGUGACUCGUGUUUUGGUACCAGACUGGAAUAUGAGCCUUUUUUUAUUGUGUUUUUUUUUGUAUGUCAGUUGUACGUCAGCUGAGGGGUUGUUCUUUUGUACGGAUACAAUAAAGUGUUUU